UUUGUUUUGUUUCGCUUGUCUUCAUCGAGAUAGCAUCUUCGAAAUGCCGCCAGUCAGAUGGAAGUCGAGUCUUUUCCUACCAGCAGUGUGCAUGGUAAUUGCGGUCGCAGCGGCGAUGGUUUCCAGUUCAUCGGCAUUGGAUUCGAUUUCGAUGAGCGACGAUGGAUGGAGGCCGAUAAUUGGUUCAUCGGCGCAACAGUACAAGGUCGAGGAGAUCACUCAGUACCGCAACCCGACGAACAAGAAACCGGAAACGGUGAAGGCGGAGCACAAGCAGAAGUUGGAGACUGCGACGAAAUCGACGAAGGUCACGUCUACGCAGGUCGCGCCCUCUGGUUUAGGAAAAGUGGGCGGGCACAAGCCGUUGCUUCUGAUCCCGACGCACGGGCAUCCGCCAAUCCCUUUGAUGCAUCGUCCUGUCAAACAUAAGGUGUACCACCAUCCAAACAACAAUAACAACAACAAAAGACAGAAACCUGUCAGAAUGCAGAUGCCCUCGUACAGUUCUCGCGACGAAGUCUUCGUGCAAGCACCAAGCGGAAAUUUAGGUCAUUUCGGGUUUUACAAUCAGAAGACGCGCAUCCCGCAAUCGCACGCCCACAUCGAGUUCAACCAUUACCCGAACCAGCAGGACGAUCUGUACCAGUUCAUCAGGAAUCCGAUUCAGCAGUACGUGAUCCCGAAACAUCCCAUCCAGAACGACGUCCACUACAGCUUCCAGACAGACGAGUUCACUAAACAUUUAGUGCCGCCACCGUUCAAGUACGUUAAGGAGAAGGAGAAACCGAAAGAAGAGCAGAAACCGUACCAAUUCGUACCUCCACCGCCACCAGCGCCACCUGCAAAACAAGAUCCUCAAACAAUUGAAGUCCAGGUAACCAAGGAGAAGUUGAACGUGUUCCACAAUCAAGUCCCGCAGAACUACAAUCCGCAGAAAGAGUACGAGUUCAAGAGACCCGAGUUUCAUCAUACGCUCAAGGCUCCCGUGCAGAUCGAGUAUCAAACGAUAAAAACGCCGAUCGAGUAUCAAACUGUCAGAACUCCAAUUGACUAUCAAACUGUCAGAACUCCGAUAGAGUAUCAAACUGUCAGAAGUCCGAUCGAGUAUCAGACUGUCAAAUCCGUGGAGUAUCAUACUAUGAAGAGCGUGCCCGUGGAAUAUCAAACUGCUAAAACUCAGCAGAAGGCAACGUACGAGGUGACGGAAGGUAAAUGGCCGGAGGUGCAGCAGAAUUUCCAAUAUCCGUACAGGCAACCCUUCUUACCGACGCCGGUUAAACCGGAAGGCGUCGCUCCCACGCUUCCCACCGACAACGAAGUGUCGACCAUCUACAACGCCAUCUCUAAACUGAACAAGCAACGCGCAACUGAAAAUCCUGUUUAUUAUAACGUGAAGGAGGUGUCCACGCAUUACCCGAUCGUCGGAAAGUUGGAGGUGCAGGAGUACCCGACGCGCGUGCAUUACAAAAAUAAGUUUGAAAUCAGCGAGGCCACGACUAGGAAACAAUAUGAUGUAACCACGGCGACGACUAGUACUACGACGUCGACUCCGGCGCCUACUAGAGCGGUGCAAAGGCAGAGGCGUCCGGGUCACAGGAGGCGAAGACCCACUAGUACUACGACGGAAGAGGCUGAAGUUGUUACGGAUAUUUACGAUUCGAUGAAGACCGAUUACAGUGCGGAAGUGCAGACGGAGAGGUCGUACAGGAGGAGGCCAACUGUUAACGAGGUGUACGAUUCUAGCAGUGAGGAGGUGACGGAGAGGCCGCUGCGGAGGAGACCGUUGAGGGUUAGGACAACGACGACGCCUGUUUAUGAAGAGGAGGUUGUGACGAGUACGUACAGGCCGAGGCAGAGGAGGCCUAGACCUACUACUGUAACCACAGCUGAACCGACGACGACGGAGGAGAUUCCGAAGAACCAUAAGGAGUAUGAGGAGGAUUUGACGCCUUUGAAGUUGACGACGGAGAAGGAAUUCCCCGAGAGCUUCGAGAGUCAUUUCCAGAAGACGCAGCAGCAAAGCUCGACUGAGGAUAGGUAUAAUUACUACACGAAACCGCCGAGGAGGCCGGUGAGGCUGGAGGAGGUUUCCGAGGAGGCUGAAGAAGCAACCACGAAAGUUUUCGACUUUGAGUUUUUGACGCCGGAGAAUGAGGUCGAAUACACGACUAGUACGACGACAACGGAAGCGCCAAGAGAGGAGACCACGACUGAAGCUUUGACUACUACAACGACGACAACUACUACAACUCCUCCACCUUCGACGAGUUCUGAGUCAGUUAGGACGAGAGUCCGAGGACGUCCGGUUAAAUACGAAAGCGGAACUCGGCCCAGGUUCAGUGUUAAAGAUUACAGACAAAGAUCCACGACGUCGACGACGACAACCACGACGGAAACCCCGAAGCCCCAGGUGUCUGAAGUCGUCCGGAUGCGUUUUCCACUGCGCUCGCGAAGACCCCUCGUAACGACUCCAUCGGAAGCGGAAGAAGGUAACACUGAGCGCUCAAAAUUCCAACCGAAAGAACCUCGUCACUCCUCGUCCACGCAAGAACCAUCGACGGACCGUCCAUUCAGAGCUGUCAACACGAGGUUGCGCCCGUUCGGAAGGUACAAAUCGACGACGGAAGCUCCCGUCAGCCAGAAGAUCUCCAUCAAACCGAACAUCUUCAACAACUUGAGACGCCCGACACCGAUCAGUCUGAAGAACAGGAUCAUGAAUAAGAAUAGGACGACGACGUCUGCGCCUGCGACCACCACAGAAAACGAGAUCAGCCUCGAAGAAACCAACGAAACGGACAUGUCGCAACGCGUCGAAUCGACUAUACCUUACAGCGUGGACACGACGACGGAGUUCAAGAAGACGUUCGACUUUGAGCCCGAGGAGGAGAUUCUCAACGACGAAGAUUACAUGCAAUCGAAGAUGGUUUCCGAUUUAACGUCGGACGCGAAGAACGACUACAAUCGUUUCAGAAAUGUCUCACCGGUGAGUCGAAACGUUCCCAAUUACUUCACCCUGGCCACCGACGAUCCCAUCCUUCCCAUCGAGGCGUUCUUUCCCAACCUGAAGGAGAAGCAGCAGUAAUAACAAAACAAAAAAAUUGUGAUUCCCGAAAAACCUUUU